CACUUGGUCGAACGUUUAUCUUAUCUUUAGACCUUGUCUUACACCAAUGCAUGUGCAAAUGUUUAUAAAAACGUCUUUAUUCUAAACUGGUUUCACUGAGGAUUAGAAAAUGAAUGGACUAGUGUAUAUUUGUAUAGCAGCUGGAUCUUUAUUUUGUAAAGUUGCCUAUGCUAUCGAUAAAUCAUGUCCUUUCAAUCCGGUGGAUAUUGUUUUCGUUCUGGAUGGAUCUGGUAGUGAAGGUGCAAAUAAUUUCAACAAACAGUUGAAGUUUGUGGAAAACAUUACAGAGCAAUUUGAAAUAGGGGAGAAUCAUACUCGCGUAUCAUUGCUAACCUUCGGAACCGGGUUUCACAACGAGUUUUACCUGAAUCAGUAUUAUAAUAAAACACAGCUGUUAUCACGUAUAUCCAAGACGCACUAUCCUAAUGGUGAAACGAAUACGCAUUUGGCCAUCAAUUUUGUUCGUACUAAUACGCUUGGUCACCGUCAUGGUGGAGACAGAAAUGUGACAAAACUUGUGAUAGUGCUGACUGAUGGACGGUCACUAGAACCUUCUUCACUGCAAUAUUCCGUGAAGGAGUUAAAGAAAAAUCCACUUGUCACGACAAUAGCUGUGGGAAUAGGCGGUUCAGUAGAUCCACAGGAAUUACUCAUGAUUGCUAAAGAUGCAAACCAUACGUUCCAAGUGAGCUCAUUUGAUGCUCUGAACACAAUUCAGGGUGAGGUGACAGACACGGCAUGUAACGCAUGUAACAACAUCUUUUCGGAUGUUUGUUUUGUCCUUGACUCUUCUGGAAGUGAAGGUCCGAUCAAUUUUCACAAGCAGCUAGAAUUUGUUAACAUGGUUGUCAAUGAAUUCUCCUUCGAAGAUGGUGCUCAAACACGUGUUUGCCUCGUCACAUUUGGAAACAAUGCACACACGGAAUUGAGGUUUAGGCAAAAUAGUGACAAAGAAACCAUUAUGUCUAAUGUUCUUAAAGUUCCAUAUAUUAAUGGUGAAACGAUGACAAAUAAAGGUCUGGAUUUGGCUAGAGCCGAGCUUCGGCACAGUGUUGGGAGUAAAGUAGUAAUUGUGUUGACUGACGGACGGUCAACUGAACCUGAUUGGACAAAACGGGCCUCCGAGCAUCUACACAGUCAAGGUAUUGAAACAUUCGUUGUAGGAAUUGGUAAUAAUGUUGAUACUAACGAAUUGAGGGUCAUUGCUUCCGACAACGAUCACGUGUUUAAAGUCGGUUCAUUUGAUCAGCUUCCCCAGAUUCACAAAGAUAUUGUGGAUAACAUUUGUGCAACUGCUAAAAGAAUUACAACGUCGACUUCAACUACAACUACAACAACAACCUUGCCACCUACCACAACGAAAGCUGCCUGUGGACUGAAGCCAGCUGACAUUGUCUUCGUGCUCGAUUCGUCUGAUAGUGAAGGUGCAGACAAUUUCAAAACCGAAGUUGAUUUUGUAUACGACUUUGCCGCACAGUUUUCCAUUGGGACCAAUAACGUCCAGUUCAGCGUGGUCACUUUCUCCUCUGAUAUCCGUAAUGACUUCUACUUCAACAAGUACCAUUCCAGACAUUCUGUUCUUCAAGCUAUCCGCAAUAUACAGUAUAUUGGUCAAGGAACGAACACAUCCGGAGCGUUGAACUUUGUGCGCACGCAGAGUCUACUUCCGGUGCAUGGGGCAAGGACUAAUUCAUCCAAGUUCGUAAUUGUCAUCACUGAUGGACGUUCAGAUAACCAAAAUCAGACCAAACUGGAGGCGAAUCUUCUGCACAAGCAGGCACAAGUAAUCUCUGUAGGGAUUGGACCAGCUGUCGACCAAGCAGAACUAGCAAACAUUGCCUCACACCACCAUGUUGUAACAGUAAACAGCUUUGCAUUGCUCAAAACAAUCAAAAGACAAUUAACUGAUCUGGCCUGUGAAUCGGGAUGAUGUACAUGAAAUUCAAAAAUAAUUUUGAUUUUUCAAUAUCAUUGAUUACACAUA